AUGGCUCCUUCAGUUAACAACACCAAUACUACUCAAACUGUUAACCCCUAUUCUGGUUUUGACCAUCUUCGAUUCACAGUAACCAACGCUAAACAGGCCGCUUCUUAUUACUGCACUCGUCUUGGUUUCAAGCAUAUCGCAUACCGUGGUCUCGAAACCGGUUCAAGAGACGUUGCCUCUCAUGUUGUCAAGCAAGGUGAUGCCGUCUUUGUCUUUGAGAGCCCUAUUCAACCCGAGACUAUGAAGGAUAUGGCCAUGGAAAUUGCUCGUCGUGGUGAUGCUGUCAAGGAUAUUGCUUUUACUGUCAAGGACUGUAAGGCUGUCUACGAAAAGGCUAUUGCCCGUGGUGCCAAGUGCAUCAAGCCUCCUCAAGAAUACUCUGACGAACAUGGUACUGUCAUCAUGGCUACUUUGGCUACUUAUGGUGAUGUCCAUCACACUCUUAUUGAACGUCACAAUUAUAAGGGUAUCUUCUUACCUGGUUACAAGGAUAUCUUUGAAGCUUUGAAGUAUAAGGAUCCUCUCGAAGAAACUUUACCCCCAGUUCCUCUCAAGUUUAUUGACCACGUCGUAGGUAACCAACCUGAUGGUCAAAUGAACCCUAUUGCCGAUUUCUACGAAAAGGCCUUCGAUUUCCAUCGCUUCUGGUCUGUUGAUGACAAGCAAGUUUUUACUGAAUACAGUGCUCUUCGUUCUGUCGUCAUGGCUGAUCCCGAAGAGCGUAUCAAGGUGCCAAUCAACGAACCUGCUGUCGGUCGCAAGAAGUCUCAAAUCCAGGAAUUCGUCGACUUUUACGGAGGCGCUGGUGUCCAACAUAUUGCGAUCAAUACAAACGAUAUCAUUACGGCUGUAAGCAACAUGAAGUCAAGAGGUUGUGAUUUCUUGACUAUUCCCAGCAACUAUUAUGACACCUUGCGUGCUAAUCUCACAGUACACAACAAGACAUCCAAGAACCCCGUUACAGAAGACUUGGAUAUUCUUCAGAAACUCAACAUCCUUGUUGAUUAUGAUGAAAAUGGCUACCUCUUACAAAUUUUCACCAAGCCUCUCGAAGAUCGUCCCACUUUGUUUGUUGAAAUCAUUCAACGUAACAACCACAACGGAUUCGGUGCUGGUAACUUUAAGAGCUUGUUUGAGAGUUUGGAAAUUGAGCAACAAUUGCGUGGUAAUUUGACCGAUAUGGAACCUGUCAAGGAAACCGCCUAA